AUGGGUGUAUACGGAGGCCUAGGGCCAAUGACCAAUGCGGUUCUGUGGUUAGAAGCCGUUAUCUUUACAUUCUUUGUGGGCCUGCGACUCUACACGCGAAAGCAAAUCCUGAACUCCAUUGGAAUUGAUGACUAUUUGGUCUGUUUUGCUCUGGUUCUGCACCUUCUUUACACGAUCUUCGUCACCAUCGGCACUUACUACGGCCUGGGACAAUUGUACGCCACUGUCGGUGAUGCAACAAUCUAUUACACUGCUGUCAAGUAUGAGCUCUUCAGCCAGGUGGCUGGUCUCAUGGUCAUUGGCGUCGGCAAAGCAGCCGUGGGAACUUUCCUUCUUCGCAUCGUGCGAAACAAGAUUCAUAUUUGGGUUAUCUGGGGCUGCCUUGUCAUUACGACGGUUCUCACACUAUUUGCAAGCAUCGCUGUCAUCGUUCAGUGUGUGCCUGUCAAAAAGUCUUGGGACCCAUCUACCCCAGGAACAUGCUGGCUUAACUUUUCCAAUGUCGGCUACACUGUCGGAUCUUGGUUCGUCGCCGCCGAUUUCUCCUUUGCUAUUCUCCCCUGGUUCGUGGUCUGGGAUCUGAACAUGAAAAGAAAGGAGAAAAUCACUGUCGCCGUCGGUCUCAGUCUUGGAAUAUUUGCCGGAAUAUGUGGUAUCGUCCGAACUGUCGCGCUAUCAGGCUUAGACGCGUCCGAGUACAUCUAUGACACUGUCCCAAUGCUCAUCUGGUCCGCCACCGAGAGCUGCGUUACGAUAAUGUGCUCCACAAUCCCUGUUCUCCGCCCUCUCUAUAUCCGUGUUAGAUACGGAAAGGAUGGCAAAGAUAGCUCCUCCGGCGACAACUCUUAUAAACUGCCGAUGUAUGGCAGUGCUGGUCAAAAGACCAGCAGUAGGCACUAUGGCCAGAUUUCCAAAUAUGGGUUUGACACUUCGAUCAUGGAGUCAAAGAACUUUGAUCAGCAGACUGUCAUCCAGCCUACCAGGACGCAUGAUAGCGAUGAAGUGAUUCUUCGAAGCCCUGCUCGGAUUGAGAGGACUGAUGAAAUUUCUGUUAGUUAUGAGGUAUUUGGCGACAAGGUCUAG